UCUCGACGACUCGACACCCUCCUCUCUCACUCCUCCCUAUCUCGUGCGAUGCGCCCAGUAGAGCUGGAGACCCUCCUCUGCGGCGGCGAAACCAAGGUCGCCUGCGGAACUCCACCCGAUGGCGAUAGAGAGGAGGUGGACGAGGUUUGUCCACUGCCGGCGAUCGGUGGGGGUGGGCUCAUCUACCACGACUAUGGCCGCAUGGAUUCCACCAGGGGCCUUACAAACCCUAAGUCCGUCAAGGCCAAGCCCAAGUCCCGGUCCGGCUCCGAAAGCCUCUCCGGCGCCAUGAACGCCCCAUCGAAGCCGCCCAUUAUCGGCCUCCCCGCCAAGAUCCAGACCUCGGGCUACGCCGGGCGGGGAUACCGUCGGCCCGCACGAAGCCGGAUCUUCCCCAGGAAGCGAAGAGGAGGGAGGAAUCCGGUGGGGCCAGAGUCGAAGUCAGAGCCGGCGUCCCCGAAGGUGUCGUGGCUCGGCAAGGUCUUGUCGGAUACAGGACCUGAGCGGGAGCAGCAGCGGAGGCCGGUGAAGGAUCGGAAGGCUAGAGGUUUUUGGGCCGGCUUGACGGCCAUCUUUAGGUGCGGCGGCUGUGGACCGGGGGCGUCCGAGGAGGAGCAGCAGCAGGUGCAAGGGGAGAGGAGAUCAACCCCGCCGCCGAGGAUGAUCCCGGCGAAGACGGUGAGGGGGGUAUCAGCCAGAGAGCAACCUCCCGUGGUGCCGGCGCCGGGAGCGAUGGCGCGGUUAUCGUCCAGGAGGCGAGCAUCGUCGUGGGGAGAGGCAGCGGUGGCGGGACAGCUCUCGUUAUUUCAGAGUAGAUGAGGGGGCAAUUUGUACAACAACAAUAACAAACAGGUUUCCACUAUCUGCGUCAGUUACAUGAAUCUCUUUAAAAUUUUAUUUUUAGUAUUUAUUAUUUUUUUAAUUUUCUUUUAUCUCUUUUCAUAACAUUUAUAUGAA